GCUCUGGGUCUCGUCGGACUCUGCAGCCUCGGAGCUCUCGAAAGCUUCGUCACGUCGAGAGAGGCGGAGGUUCAGCGUGCAGCUGGCAGAGGCGUUGCUGCCAGGCUAAAGAAGCGUGUAGCACUCCGGGCCGAUGGCUCGCUCUUGAGACCCUUUGGUCCCGUUGUGGCCUAUGCCAAGGUUCUCAUGGACACGUCCGAGAGAACAAAGGAGUUCGUGCAAGUGGCCGCGGAUGUCAUGGACGUGAAGGAUGCCUUUACAGAUGCCGAGUUCUUGGAUUCGCUGAGCCUGAUCCAGAACAACUACAACUUGACCAAUGUGCAGAAAGCAGAGAAAAUCAUCCAGCUUCUCAAGCCU